UCGCGAGAAGAGAGGACGCUCCGGAGAGGUGCUAAUAGCUCACGGGGCAAUCUCACGCUGGGCCACAUUUUUGGUUGUAAUCGGCGCGAACGUGGUAAAUAAUUGUGAUCGGACGUGGGUCCCUGCGCCCCCCCACCGCCAGUCGGUGCGCGCGGCUCUGCCGCUGACAUGCCCGGUCUCCGCGGCUAGGGGUGUGGGCAGAAUGCCCCUCGGCCCUGUCUCGGCUGCUUGCGCUUCUCUGCUGCUCAGCUGCCUCUGUGUCGGGGUGAAGGGACUGCGGGACGACCUCCCCCCGACCUCGACGGUCUGCAAGACGUUCCCUGGUCUGACCAAGGGGCAGCUGGAGCUCUGCCACAAGUACCCUGACGUCACGGCUGCAGCCUUCCACGGCCUCCAGAUGGCAGUGGAGGAGUGCCAAUAUCAGUUCAGGUGGCAUCGAUGGAACUGCUCUUCCCUCAACACCAAAAAUAGAAACCCUCACAGCAGCUCUAUUCUGCAAAAAGGAUAUCGAGAGUCGGCCUUCUCCUACGCCAUCUCCGCGGCCGGAGUGGCCCACAGUGUGGCCAGAGCUUGCGGCCAAGGAACUCUCCUGACCUGUGGUUGCGAGCCUCGCUCCUUCUCCAAGACCCGGGGGAACUCCAAAAACCGCUGGAAGUGGGGCGGCUGCUCGCACAACCUCGACUUCGGCAUCCAGUUCUCCACAAUGUUCCUGGACUCCAGGGAGAGGGGACGGGGAGAUAUCCAGUCCAGGAUAAAUUUGCACAACAACGAGGCCGGCAGGCUGGCGGUGGCGAACCGGAUGCAGACACGCUGCAAGUGCCACGGGAUGUCCGGAAGCUGCGAGCUCAAGACCUGCUGGAAGUCCGCUCCGGACUUCCGGGUGGUCGGGAGUCUGCUGAAGGAUCGUUUCCGGACCGCCAUCAUGGUGGACCAGUCGAACAUGGGCAACGGCUCCCCCCUGGUCAUCCACCGCCGUAGGAGGACUCGCUACAGGAAGCGGAAGCGGCAGAAGAAGAGAAGAAGGGAUCUGUCGACAGAGCUCCUCUACUACCAGAAGUCCCCGAACUUCUGCGAGAGCAAUGCCGCGGAGGAUGUCGACGGCACCGUGGGUCGCCAGUGUAACAGGACCAGUCGGGGAGUCGACAGCUGCUCCUCCCUGUGCUGUGGACGAGGGUAUAACAUCAUCAAACAACGCCGCACAGACCGCUGCCACUGCAGGUUCCACUGGUGCUGCUACGUCGUGUGCCAGAAUUGCACGGUCGAGGAGUGGAUCACUGUCUGUAAAUAGUCCAAGCCCAAGAGUGGGCGGAGAUUUGGAGCAGUUUCGGUUCCGUGUUGUCGAUAUCCGAUAACCGGACAGUCGAACUUGGAACAUUCGAAAAUCUGGAUUAUUCGAACUGUUGUCCCGAUUACUUGACGUUCUUUACUUGAAUAAUAGUUUGGAAUCUUCGGUCAUUUGAAAUUUGUAUCGAUAAACAAUGAAUAUUCAACUAAAACAAUUUUUUAUUACUUAUUUCCAGACACGUGUUUCGGCUCUAAAUAAUGUUUUUCUCAUCUCUUUAAAGCCUCAGCUCUCGGCUAUGCUGGCUUGUUUAAUUCACUGUGGCUGCUAUUCCUGUAUGAUUGGACCUCCCCUGGAUUUGAACCCAUGAUCUCUCAGUUAGUGACUAUAUCCACUAGUCUGCGGAGGAGGACUUUUUUAAACUUCAUUUAAGCCUCAGCUUCAGCUAUGCCGGCUUCGAAGUGCACUGGUUUUUAUUAUUAUUAUUAAUAUUACAUGAUUGGACCUCCCCGGGAUUUGAACCCGUGAUCUCUCAGUUAUAGAGCCGUGACUAUAUCCACUAGUCUACGGAAGAGGACUUCUAAGUAAAUGAUAAACAAUAAACAACUAAAUAUACACAUGUGGACCAUUUAAACAUAUGUUAAAUUUGUACGACACAGUUGUAAUUUUGAUUAGUUUU